AUGAUUCUUCCUCCGAAUUUGAGCCAUGAAUGCCCCGAACACGGCACAGAUCCCGACAGACUCCAUGUGGCCACUGCGGUACAUAAGGACUGCUUCGUGAUUGCGAAGCAGUCAUGCCCUCUCGCUCCCCGCCUGACGUGCGAACGGAUCUGGGAACUUGCUGUGGCGAGAAAUCCAUGGCCGCAUGGGUUUCGACCCCCAAAAUCCCUCUCCCUUGAAAGCCCAUAUUUCAUGAGCCCACAAGCUGUCAAUCAGGUUGCUUCAAUCGUCAGUAUUCCCCAGCUGAAAAACUUUCCCUCCGAAUUGGUCGAACGAAUCCGGUUAUAUUCACCAGGAAAUACUCCGUUUUGGAGGGCUGUCGCCGCUCUGACAGUUGCAUCUUCGCUGCCCAACAUUCCUAUCUUUGCUGAGCAACGCGUGAAGAUACGUCACAUACUGCACUGGAAAAGAGGCGAACAAAUAGCGACAGUAGGACCCAGAGGUCAAGACGAUGUUCUCCGUCUCACUUUCGACGUAGAUGGGAUCCGAGAGAUCGAACGGUUUUGCCAGCAACCGCAGAUUUGCCUACGUUCUCUUGGGUACGGCGAAUGUUCGCGCAGACUUGCAUACUGCAGAAAUGGCCUUUUGCGACUGGCCUUCGAUGCCGACGAUAUCUAUCAUGACAAUGAGCAUGGUGUACGGAUACCCUUCUUACCACGCAUUUGGAACACGCCCACGCCCCCGGACCUGACCAAUUGUAUUUACUUGUACCACGGGGAUAUCUUCAAGGACUUUGCGACCGGGUAUUAUAUCAGUUUAGACUCCAUAUCUGGCCUUACAUUUGUCUAUCGCGGCAAAGAGCUCGUUGCAAUCCACCCUCAUCGCGGCGAUGACGUUGAGAUGAACUGCCCUAAGGUCUUAUCUUCUGGCUCUUCAAAGAUACAGGAAGCCUGCUUCUUCCUGCCUGUCAGCAAGGAGGAUGCCAUCCUCCGAAUAGGUGUAGGGAUCUAUAAGAAUGCGUUUGUGGUAGUGGUCAAGAAACGUCUGUCCGGCGAUUCUGUCAUCGGCCUGCCUUGCCACGAUCCGCCUAGAGAUGACCCCACAUCGGAGGGUCCUGACGAGGAUGAAUUUUACAAAGAUGAGUUAUGGUGGGGCCAACGCGAUCCGAUAGCUCUGGUCUACGGAAUUCCGGGUAAGAGGAACUUUUUGAGUAUGUUGGGAGGCUAUCGGGGUACUCCUCCAGCGAAACCGAAAUGGGAAGGUUGGGAAGGGAUAAUUCCUCAUAUAUGGCACAGUAAUCUCUUCCGCUUGGACGAUGAUGAGGAUCUCCGCUUCUACACUCGUGCUCCCCUCCGCGGGGUCGUCGCCGCCCAGAUGUUUUACUAUCCCUCUCGUCGAAAUCGGCCGACAGGACGUGUCUGCUCAGGGAUUAUUUUUCAUUAUGACAACGGCGGCUCGCGGGUAGUUGGAGAGAUUCGACUCGAGAACCGCGCCAAGCUUGCGGGCGAGACGAUCAUCAACCCCAAACUCAUUUGUCUGGAGCGCGAUAUACUCCCAGGGUUUCACACGCCGAACAUCCACUUCGUGACAGAGUCCGAGAUCGAGAGUGGAGCGCAUCCUAACGAUUCGAGCUGGAACUUCGACGAAUGUCCCCGGUGUCCAGGAAGGGCCUUUACAUACCACCCCAUGAGAGGCACAAUCAACUGGUGGUUUACUGCACGUCAACGGAACAGCAUUGGAAUUUAUGAAUGUAUAGAAGACUGA